CGGCUGCUCGGCAAGAUGGCGGCGCCCAGCGCCCGCUGCCUGUGGAGAGCACUGGCCCCGCGGCACGGGUGGGCCCGCGCCGGGCUGGAGCAGCGCCUCGCCGCCCCCGCCGCGGUGAGCGGCGAGACCGCCCGGUCCUUCGCGGCGGCAGCCAAGCAGUCCAAAAAAGGUGCUCAGAGGACCAAGCAGGAGAAAGCCAAGGACAAGCCCUCCCCCCGGAGGCGGCCGCUGAUGACCAAGCCCGUGGACGACGUGUACCUGACGUGGCUCUACCGGCGCCCCUUCUACGACCUGGAGCAGGCCGUGGGCAUGCUGAAGAAAUUCCAGCAGCUGGACUUCACUUACCCCGGGCAGUUUGUCUAUAUCAACGUGUUCCUGGAUAUGGCCCUGAAGAAGAAAAAGCUGGAUCCUUUCUCGGGCGCCGUCGUCCUUCCCCAUCGCUUCACAGAUGAAGUGAAUAAGGUCUUGGUUUUCACAGAGAAUGAGCAAGAAGCUGAAAUAGCUCGGGAGAGUGGAGCUGAUAUCGUGGGGGGACUUGAAUUAGUCAAAUGGAUCUUGGAGGAUGAAAUCCAAGCAGAUUUCUACGUGGCUGUUCCUGCCAUAAUAUCCAAGCUAAUACCACUGAGGAACAAACUGAAACGGAAAUUCCCGAGCACCAGAAGAAAUUCCCUGGGCACUGAUAUCCCCAAAAUGGUGCAGCUCUUCAGAGAAUGUCACGAGUACGCCGUGCGAGACGAGCAUAUAAUCGAGACAAGGAUAGCCAGGCUGGAUAUGCCUACGGAGCACAUAAUUGCCAAUCUAAAGACGAUUAUCCACGAUAUCUGCACCUUCAAGCCACCACCCUAUGAUCCCAUUGUGCAGAGGUUGGUGAUCAGAUCUUCAACCAGUGAAGGUUUGCAAGUGAACCUCGAUGGGAUUCUACCUCAGGUGGAGAAAGCAGAAGAAAAGGAAGAAGAAGAAAAAAGCGCCGAUGAUGAGGAUGAAGCAGAAAAGCCUGUCCAAGAACCCGUUAGUACCUGAGGUCUCUCCUUGUAGAUCUGACGGUCAAGCUGGGGAAGCAGAGGGUGUCAUUCAAAUCAUGCUCUGUGGAAACAAAAAAAUAAAUGGAACUCGUGAAUGUCA